GGCAUACACAUGCUCAAGAUGUAAUAGUGGUUUUAUUGAAGAAUUAGAAAGGUGAGUUAUAAUUCUAAGGCUAUUUAAUCUUAAAUGUAACAUUCCAGUUUAUUAUUAUUAAGGUGGUUUUAUAUAGCGCAGUACCCCAGCCUAGGGCAAUGGCAGAAAAUUAUACAUUUUAAAAGAAUUGUUGAAAAGCUUGACCUCACCCACCCAAGUACUAUCUACCCCUGUCUAGCCAUGGACAGCACCCAGCAGCAUCGAGCGUUGUUUAUCUUUUUUGAGGUAUAGUACAGUUUGAAGAGAUGGUUCUUCAGGGCAGUUUUGAAGGCUGGGAUGGUCAUUAUAUUGCAGAUGUUUAAUGGGAGAGAAUUCCGUUGUUUUGGAACGAAGGUUUCAAAGGGGUGAAUCGACAGAAAGAAGUUCAGUAAGAGAGCGGAAACCAGAGAAAAAGUUGUAACAGAGCACAGACAGCAUGUAAUCAGUGUGUGGCAGUAUAGGGAGCCAGUGAAGUAGUGGAGUGAUGUGAUCACGUUUCUUUGCCUUUAGAACUAACCUACCAGCUGAGUUAUGAGCUUUCUGCAGUUUUUCUAUGAAAUGUUUUGGUGAACCUGACAGAAGAGGGUUACAAUAGUCAAGACCAGAGAGAACAAGAGCACAGACUGGUGUUUUUAUUGCGCUAGGUAGUGGCGGAUGGAGCUGAUCUGACGGAUAGCGGUGUAUGCAGAGGGACUGAUGUGAGAAAUAUGAUUAUUGAGAGACAUGUCAGAAAGAAUGUAACGAUUCCUAGCAAUUGAUCAAAAUAAAUGUAUAAAUUUAACUUGAGAAGGGGAGGGAUACAUAUUCUUUCCAUUAAUCAAAAAUAAAUAUUUUUGACAUUUUUCUUAAUAGUAGAGCUCCGCCAACUUCAUCUACAGAUGCUCGUAGCUCAGAUCCUGGUGCAUCAUUUGCUGAGGUAAUUCAGUUCCUAUUAAUAUACAAUCUAUUUUUAAUAUGGUCAAUUUCCUUUUUAAAAAAAGAUGGAGUUAUGAUUAAAAAUGAAUCAUGUUACAAUAUUUUUUUUAUCCAUUUGCUGUCUUUUUCCCCCCUUAACGUGAAGCAAGGUUAUAAAAUAGAAAACUCAAUAUCUUUUAUGAUAUUUAUUUCAAUAUAGAAGUCUGUGUUAUAAGAGCUAGCAUAAUUAACAGAUGGGUUAUAAAUUAUUACCUCUAAAUUGCUACCAAAUUCAUUUUUAAAAACUUUGCUGUAAAAUAAUAAAAGUGUGAAGAGAAUCUCAUUUUUUUAAAAAGGCCUUUUUCAUAUAAAAGUUGUGGAAUAUACAUUUAGGAAGGAAGUAAACAUGUUAGAAUGCUUCACAACAAAGGGGAGAGUAUUCAUGAAUUUUACUUGUUUCUUUGUCAUAUAAACGCUUAUCUGCAUUGUGUGGAUAUUAAGUGUUAAAGAACUAAUAGCGCGCUGAAUAUAGCUUUAAAAAAAUUAUUCUCAGGUGUUUCCAGCUUUCUUUGGGCAUACUGGUACCCAUAGACACAGAUACAACACUCGAUCUGCUAUUCGAAACAGUGAAUCAGAUAUGGAUCAGAGUGAUGAGGAAGAAAUGAGAGGUAUAGGUCCCAGUGCUGUGUUUCACUUUAAUGCAGACCCAACUCCAACUUUACCUAGGUAAUUUUUCAUAUUAUUUGAUAAUUGCUUGUAUUAAGGAUCACAAUGGAUUUGUCAAAUUAUUUGUUCAAAGUAUCCUUGUCAGUGUAUUUUGUCAAGCUCAUGAUUGAAAGAAGUUUUUAAUUAUCUUUGCCUCGGGAAACCUGAAACAGUGAAUCAGAUAUGGAUGUCAGUGAUGAAGAAGAAAUGAGAAGUAUAGGCCCCAGUGGUGUGUUUCAGUUUAGAAUAAUACAGGCCAAACUCCAACUUUACCUAGGUAAUUUUAACAUUCUUUAAUGAAUAUCCUAUACAUUAUAAAUGCUUGCAUUAAAGAUUACAAUAGAAUUUUGAAUUAUUAAAUAAUUUCUUGAUCAGAUGAGACUUUUUUAAAAGGUUUAAUUUAGUCUUUCCUACUAGAUAAGAACUCAAAUCAGUGAGGCUCAAAAAUUUGUUUAAAUCAGACAUUAUUUCUGUUCUAACAUUUCCCAAUGUAACUUAUAACUUAAGAGCCGUCACAGAUGCAAACUGUCUGAAGUCAAAACCACAUACACCACUCCCAAAUCCUGAACAAAAUCAUUAACACUGUCAGUGUGGAAUAUUCUGCAUUUUUGGGUUACUUUUCAAUAUAAGUAAUUAAUUUUAUGUUAACAAGCAUUUCUAAAAAUAUAUGUCUAGAUUUGUUAUGGAUCCCAAGCAACAAGUGCCUGUGUUUUUCAGGUGUUAAGAGUAUUCAUGGAUUGAGAUUUAUUGCAAUGAUUACAAUCAGAUUUUAUGCUUUGAAAAUUUACUUCAUUAUUAUUGUAAAAUUUUAACAAACACUUUAUUACAAUUUUCAGUAUGAAAUAAUAUUUAAACUGUACUCUUGGUGGUUUCAAAUUCUUUAACAUCCAUCCAUCCAUCACUGUGGCGCUACAGCCCAUGUAGGGCUUUAGCCUGCCUCACCACUUCCUUCCAGUCAGACCUAACUAAUGCCUUUCUUUUCAAUGCUUGGACUUUCAGCUGCUGUAGAUCUUUUUCCACAUCAUCCAUCCACCUAAGUCUAGGUCUGCCUUUGAGCCUUUUUUCUCUGGGGUAUUGGUGAUGCACCCUAUUUGUUCCUCUGUCAUUUGGCAUUCUCUCUAGGUGUCCUGCCCAGCGUAGCCUGCCUCUUUUUAUUUCUGCUACUAUCCUGAUAAAGACUGUAUAAUUCAUGGUUGGUUCAUAUUCUCCAUUCAAAUUCAUCCUUUGUUGGCCCAUAUAUUUUCCUGAGAACUUUACUCUCCCAUGUGUUUAAAGGUUUUCUGCUGUUUUUGUUAGGGUCCAAGUUUUACUUGCAUAUGUUACAACUGGUCUGAUCACAGUUUUAUAAAUAGUUUUCUUUGUUACUCUUGUGAUGUUUUUGCUUUUGAGUAUUUUCUGACUACUGAAGUAUGCCCUGUUUCCAGCUGAUAUUCUUUCUUUCAUUUCUGUUAGUAAUUCAUUUCUUUCAUUUAACAAGGAUCCUAGGUAUUUGAAUUGAUUUACUUUUUCAAAAGUCUGGUUUCUAAUUUUAAUUUCUUUGUCUGUUUGUUCUUCUCUUAUCAUGGUCAUGUAUUUUUUUUUGUUGUUGUUAACUUCCAGCCCUGCUUGUAGAGAUGCGUAUUCUAAUUCAAUAAAGGAUUUUGAUAUGUCUUUAAUACUUUUCACUAGAAGUUCUAUGUCAUCAGCAUAUGCAAGAUACUGAAGUGGUUGGUUGUAAAGUGUGCCCGUUGGUUGUGGGUCCUGAGUUUCCCUCAGGAAGUAUCCUGUUAUUGUUCCUCAAGUGUCAAUGUGUAUGUUUCUAAUAACUCUCUCUAAUGUUAGGUUAAAAAGCAUACAAGAUAGUGAGUCUCCCUGUCGUAGGCCUCGUCUAAUAUGAAAUUCUCUUGAAUAUUCUCCUUGAAUCUUGAUUUUGCUUUUUGAGUUAAGUUUUACAUGUAUUAGUCUUGUCAGUUUGUUGGGUAUCCCAAACUCCUGCAAAGUCUCAUAUAGACAGUUUCUUUUGAUUCUAUCAUAUGCCAUUUUAUAGUCCACAUAGAGUUGAUGUACUGGUAUAUUAUGUUCAUAGCAUUUCUCUAAUAGGCAUCUGAUAGUAAAAAUCUGAUCAGUCGUUGAUCUGUUAGGCCUGAAUCCACAUUGGUAAUCACCUAGUAUUUCUCAAAUUCUCUAACAGUGCCUCUUAUAUUUUUCAUUGUGAUGGACGAGCAGGAAUGAAUCAACAUUGCAAUAGUGCCCAAUUUUUUUAUAAUUGUUCUUUUCUUUUUUUUUUCCAUUAAUUUUUCAACUUUUUGCGGACCAGCUAUUAAGGCUUGGAGACUUGUGGUGCUCAGAAGACCACAACUUAGAGAAGAAUUCUUCAAAGUUUAAACUCAGUAAUACUAAGUGAUCAGAAUAAUUUAAUUAUUUAAAACAAGAAAAUUCUAUAACUAUAUUAAAAGCAUUUACAAAUUUUCGAAAUCAAAAUUGAAUGACUGUAAUAAGGAAAAAUAAUCGUACACAAAUAUAUUAAAAAGAAAAUCCAUAAAUAAUAUAAUUCUUAUUCAGGUUUACAUUAAAAUUUUGGUAAAAAAGUGAGAUUUAUGACAAAAAGUUGAAAAGGGGCUAUAAUAAAGCUACUCAUAAAUGCACCUAUGCUAAGUUCAAUGUGUUUUAUUUUUUAUUUUAUGCAGUCUUAUUUUUAUUCUCAAAACAUUGACAUUUUGUUUUAAGCCUCUGCAGGUACGAUCUUUCAAGACAUGAUUGGUCAUUAUCUACAAAGUUGAAUUAUCUCUGUUUUUUUUUAAAUUGCGCCAUGUUUUUAAUAAGCUUCUGAAAUAUUCCCUUAAUUAUCUAUUUUUUGUUCUUUAACAGUAUUAUCAAUUAUGUGAUACAACGUCUGGGCACAGAUUUAGGAGCUCGAAAUCCUGUGUAAGUUAUUAUUUUCAAUAAGUCUUUUUUUAGCUGUUAACCUGGAAUUAAAAAAUACUUGUAAAAUUUACCGUAUAUACUUGCAGAUAUAGGUCAUACUAGUGGAUAGGUCACUCUUAGUUUUUGGUUGCCAAAGUGGCUAUUUGCAGAUAGGUUGGGCCCUUAGUUUGGGGAGUUACAUUGCCAUAAACAUUUUGAACAUAAAUAUAAAACUAUUUGUAAACAGAUGUAACAAAAAUGUUUCCAUAUCACAUGAAAACUGAUAAGCAAUUGUCAUAAACUAUGUGAUCUAUUGGAAACAGUUUUGUCUCUAUCGUGUGUAAAUGAGCGCAAGGGAGAAAACCAUUCUUCAUCUUUUUGUAUUAGCUAGUACUCAACACUGAAUAACACUGAAAAACAAUUCGAGUGGAUAGGUCGCAACCCUUUUAUUUGAUUUUAUCUAAAUUUUUGGUUUAAAAAGUGAGACCUCAAUGCAAGUAUAUACGGCAGCUUUCUCAACAUUUAAACAAAAUACUUUAUAAAAUUUUUAAAUUGACUACUCACUAAUACUGAUAGUUUCACUAGUAACUGAUCCUACCACACUCAGUAUCCAUAUCAGCUUACCCAUGUUAAAAACCAGUUGUGACUGGAUUUUUUUAAAUGAGGAAGAGUGGUCAACUUGUUAUUCCAAGUGUUUAUGGUGUGAUAGAUAUUAAAAAGUUAGCAGAUCGCAGGCUCCCAUAAAUGUGUCUCCCCCCAAUGAAAGAAAACUACAAUUUAAAGAAAUUGAGAGACAUAGAAAAAUUAGCUGUUUAAAGUAUUUGAAGUGGACCAAAAUGGGUCCCCCCCUCUCCUAGGGUUAGCAGUCCAGUGGCCAUUACUUCCCCUAUCCCCUGUGGAUAGUAUGGUCUUAUAAAAUAUCAUGAUGAUGAUCUCACAUGGCUGUGACUGCAAGGAACAGUUUUGAAUGCAGUGCAAAUAGUUGAAAUAAGGGGCAAAGGUUUGGGAACUCAGCAAGACCCCCGUAAGACAAAAUGAUCUUAAGUCAACAAUUUUAAAAUGUUCUACCCUUUUGUAACUCACUUUUAAGGAUUGCUUUUCUAAAAUUUUACAGAAUUUUACAUGGAAAUCCUGGAGAUUAUGCAUGGGGUGCAGGUGGAUUAGAUGCUAUCAUAUCUCAGGUAAACAAGCUCUAUUCUUUUUAAGUAUUGAGUAGAAAGAGUUCAAGAGCUUGUACCAAAUAUUUAGCCACAAGAAUAAUUGAAUUAUCAUUCUCCUUCUUCUAUUAGAAUUCUCUGCUCUUGGAUCAGCUAAUGUACUACAUCAUAAAGUAACAUGCAAUCAACUACACUGCAAAUUUCUUACAUAAGACAUUUAAAAAGUUAUACAUUAUGUUAUUCUUUUAUUAUUAUUGCUCACACCGAAUAUUGCUUCUAUUUUAAGUGCUGAAUGGUUAGAUGAGGAUCAGUGCCGAAAGUUGAAAAAGAUAAAUCAGCUUUUAUAGACUAUGCCCACCAGGGGAGUCAUUUCAGUUUUUUUUAAAGGAGGUGGGGGUGCAAAACAAAACGUGGUCGGCUUGUUAAGUUGUUUAUUACUGGAGGCGCCACAGUACAUAGCAAUUUAAUUAAACCUAUUAAUGUAGUACAAAUAUAGGGGUGGGGGCAAAAUGCCCCCCUGCCCUACCCAAAUGAUGUCCCUGAUGCCCAUUGUUACGAUAGAGCAAACCUGGCUACCGGUACUCCUUGGGAAGAUGAUAGCAGUUAGAAACUAUACUAACAAUAAUCAUAGUUAUACCACAAACAAUGAUACUUAGUCUUUAACAACCUUUCAAUUGAUUCUGCAUAUAAAAUUUAAGUGUAAAAACUUUUUAACAUGUUAACAAGCUAAAGAUGUAAUGAAAUGUUUUUCCUACAAUUUUGUGUCAUUAAAAUAGAUCAGCACAAAUUAAAAUGUAAUUAUAAAUUCAUUUAUAAUAUAAUACCCUUUUUUUUUUGUGAGGUGGGGGGUGUGUCAGAAAAUGUUGACAUAAUUAAACAAGGGGGUAAUUGAAAGUUUGACAGUUGUUGACAAGAGGGGGAGGGGGUACAAAAUUGCGUAAAAAUUGUUGAUGUAAUUAAUGGACGACCCUUUGGGUGUCCCCCCUAAAAUGGUGUCACCUGGUGCGGUCCGCAAAUCCUGCACCCCCCUAGCUACGCCACUGAUCCGAUCACUCAUUAGUCGAAAGAGCCAAAAAUUACCAGCACGAUUAAUAAAUUUUUUAGAGCCAAAUUUCUUUUCAAAAACCUGUCAAGACCCAUGUUUUUCGAAGUCAAAAACGAUUUAUGGCCGGCUGGCCACGCCGCACUCGGGUCGCUAAAGAGCCGCAUGCUGAGAUUUGCCAACCAAAAAUAGCACUUUCUGGAACAUUCUAGAUUAAAUUAAAUAUCCUCGAAAUGUGUAAAAACAUGUCUUUUCUAAGUAAUUGUUAUUCGAAUACGAAAAAUUCUUCAACUAAAUGCACUACUAUAACUAUAGUACAUUUGAGUCGAAAGAGAGCCCCCAGUGGAGGCCCAUUCCAUAACUGUAUUGAAUAUGUUUUGUCUGAGAUGGUGGGGGGGGGGGAUAAAAAAUUCAUUUGGAUAAAUUAUUGAGUUAAAAUUUGUGCCAUAAAAUCUAUUUAAUAAUGCCAUAGAUAACUAUCAUAGUAUUCAUAGAUAUAGCUUUUUUUAAGUUACCAAAUUUUCUAGAAAAUUCUAGACCAGCCCUGAAUGGAUUGGAUAUUAUUAAUUUUAAAUCUCCCUAUAUUUCAAUAAAUAAAGACAAUGUAGAGUAUUGCUACAAAGCUAGGCCUAUAUCAAUCAAUUCACAUAGAACCUAUAGUGUUUUCUAAGGCUAUUGAUAUAACUUACAUAAGGAACAAUGAAAUGAGGCCCCCGGCCCCAUAGGAUUGGGUAUUAUGAGUUCAGUACCCUUCGGUACUUGAAUAUGGAUAAUCAAGUGUAUGUGUACUAAGUUUGGUCAAGAUCCAUCUAUUCAUGUAAGAGUAUUUGUUGUUAAUUUUAUUUAUAUAGCUCAUAUAAGAAAAAUAUUUAAAAAAUUGGAAUGUUAUAAAAAGUUCAUAACCCCGCAAGAGUUCCUUCCGAAUAAUGAUGGAUACGUGUGCCAAGUUUGGUUAAGAGCCAUAAAAACCAAAGCUUUGACUUUGAACUAACAUUAUACAAAUAUAUUUGAUUUAUAUUAAAUUAGGGCUCUGAGGAUUUCGGGGGGGGGGGGUGGGGGGGCGGGGCGAGCGAAUCAAACCCAGUUUUCUAGAGUAGACUGAAAUCUGAACAAAUUUAAAGUUAAAAGGAAAAAAAAUCUUAAAAGUAUCUUUAUACGGUACUGCCGGUACUGAUUACAGCGUACACAAUAUUUUUAUGGGUUGUCCAUCAAAUAGUAAUCCUUUAUUUUUGUAUCCGUGAUGUUGUGACAUAUAAUUUAAAUUUAGGAUAUUUAAAACCAGUUUCCUAACAUUUUCUAUAUUCUGCACCCUGUAAAGAAUGUUUAACUAUCUCACACCCCCUACAAAAGUAAGAUGCAUUUUAAAAUUGAAACAAAAAUUAACUUCUAAAUUUUUAAUAGCUUAAAAUAAAAUAUUAAUUUAUCUAAACUUAAAAUUAAAAAAUCAUUUUGUGUGAAAAGUGAGUGUUGUGGAAAUGUGUUACCUCCUUAUAUCUGAUUAAUUCUUAGUCUUUCAUUUAUUAUCUGACAUCCCAUUAAGGGUUAGGAUGACAACAUAAAAAACACCAAUGAUACUGAAGUAAAACAACAAAUUCUCUGUUUUGGUCUAGCGUAAUUUAAUGAAAAAAUACAGCCAACUUGUUUAGCUUAAUUGUUAACAUAAUAGCUGCUUUGCCCUAUAUUUUGCAAUUUAAAUACGAUUUUAAGAGGGAUUAAGUAUGAAAACAAUUUGACUGGUUAGUGGGGUCGCAUUUAUCCAUAUUUGAGGUUCUUUAUAAUUGUGUGAAUAUGAUCUUUCUUUAAUACUUUCUCUUUGCUUUAUAACAGCUUUUAAAUCAUUUGGAGGGCACUGGUGCACCACCAGCACAAAAAGAGAAAAUAGAAAAUUUAGAAAAAGUUCGAAUUGACAAGACCCAUGUUGGUAAGUAACUUUUCUGCUGUCAGAUUUGUUUUGAGCACAGAGCUUAUAAAUUAAUAAAAAUUGAAAAAGCAUAUUUCCUUUUUUUUUAUAAUUUAUACAUUUCUAGUGACAUCACAAAGUAAUGAUGUGUUAUAAUAUUUAUUUUCCUUAUUAAUAAGAUUCUAUUGGCUUGCUAAAUGAAAGAAGUUUACCGGUAUGUUAGAUUUAUAUAAACUCUACAUUUAACUUCUAAAAUUAUUUUUAGCUGCCAAGUUAGAUUCUAGGUCUUCAGAAAAUUUUUAGAGACUUGACCCAAAAGCUCCAAGCAUGGUACAAAGUCAUCCAUAUUAAGAGAGAAAUGAAAAAAUCUAUAUUUUAUCACAUCGAAUUACAAAACGCAACAUUACAAAAACUAUAUACGAGAAUAACCAUUCUAUGUCUUUCAUCUCUUGCAACUAUAAACAACACAGGCCACUAUGCAUCUAGGAGAUAAUAACUAGCUGGAAAAGGUGGUAGACAACAUCACCCCAGCAGGUGUUUGCGAAAUAGAUAUGUUUUCAAAUCGGUUUUGAAAGGCUCCAGUGUCUGGCUGUUUCUGAGAGCGGCAGGAAGUGUGUUCCAUUAAGUUAAAAUGCUGAUAGCUCACAAAGUUAUUUUAUGCAUGGAUAUAAGGAUCUUUAACAGUUAUUUUUCAUACCGGAACUGUAACUAAUUUGUUUAACCUGUCACCAGAAAAUACACUUCAGUGUUCCAUAUGUAUGGAUGACUUUGAGCUGGAUGUGGAAGUGAGAAAACUUCCCUGUGAUCAUAUGUACCAUUCAGAGUGUAUUAUCAAGUGGUUAGAAAUGGCAAGUGUAUUAAGUAGUUUCAAUAUUUUGUUUAAUUAAUGGUUUCUUAUAUAAAUAAUUAAAACUUAAAAAACUUCUUUUAAGGAGACUUGGAUAUUUACACAGACCUGUUUACUCUUACGAUUUUGGCGUACAAUGUACGAUUUUUAGAUGUCUUUUACGAUUGUACGCCAAGACCUUCCAAAACUAUGAUUUUCAGAGACCCAGUGGAAAAUUUUUUCCCGAUUUAAAAAAAUGAAUAAAUUUUCGGGUUUGGACGUUUUAGCCCUCUCUAAUGAAGAUCUGGCAGUGAAUAUGAACGAGAAAAAUGAUUGGUUGUAUUUUUUUUUUUUUUAAAGUUGGGACCAUCCUUAUUAUAUUUCGAAAGUACUUGUGGGGAGGUGGGGUUGUUGAUUACGGAAAUUGUGGCAUACGAGACACGCAUGGGUAGGGUAUUGGUGGGAGUGUCAAAGGAUAUAAAUAAAUAACCGCGACGCAUCGUAUUGAUGGAAUCGACGGUGAUUUGUCGUAUUGCUGCUUUGUGUGGUCACAGUCACAGGGAACUAGCUGGCUGCGUCAAAAGUAAUAUUUAGACUUGUCGCCCUAGCGACAACUUCACUCACCAUCGCCUUUGACGGCUACCAAGCGUGUGACGUAGUUUUGUUAUAUAAUUAUUUUGUUCCUCAGAACCGCGGCGAUUGUAAAAAUUGAGAUGGUUUUUAAAAUAAAAUAGAUUAUCCAACUGUUCUGCAGUGGAGCGUUGGAUUUUGGCAUACCAGUAUUUUAUAAGAUCCAGUCAGCGACAUUUACAAUCAACGAUUUUAAUACAACAGUUUAGUAUCACUACCAGGGUUUCUUUCAGCUAUAUCUCGGGGGGGGGGGGGCUGCCUCUCUCCCGGGUUAAGCCAAGUGCAUCGGGGCGGGGGGGGGGGGGGGGGAUUUCUGAAAAAAUCACUGAUCCCACCACCACCCACUCCCCCCCCCCCCCCCCCCCCCCCCCCCAGUAGUUAGACUAUAACAGUGGUCGGCAAAGCGCGACUCGCGAGCCGCAUGCGGCUCUUUAGCGAUCUGAGUGCUGCUCGGUCAGCCGGCCAAAAACAUGGUUUUGACUCCCAAAAACAUGGUUUUUGGCAGGCUCUUGAAAAAAAAAUUUGGCUCUCAAACAAAUUUUAAUUGCUCUGCUGGUGUUUUUUUUUUUUGUGUGCGCUUUUGACUAAUGAGUUUGCCCACCACUGGACUAAACCGUGUUCACGGAAAAAAUCAAGCGCCUUUUGGGUGGGCGACGGCACAGUUUUUCCCCCGUAAUGAGGGUGGGGGAUGGUUGGAAACAAUUACGUCACAGCACGGAAAGACGUGUUGUCACCAUAUUACUGCUAUAGUGAUUUCUUGAUGAAAACACAAAGCAUUAGUAAACGAUAACUGCGAAACACUGGUGAUGUUUAUAGCCUUAAUGAUUAAUAAUGGGCCUAAUUGGAAUUUAUGGCCUUCACAGAUUUUCAGGUGACAGUUGGCUCCAUAAGAGACUGUCAGGAUAAUCAUUGAAGAAAUCAUGCAUAAAUGUAGGUGCAUUGUGGCCCCCCCCCCCCCCCUUUCCCUUCAAAGCUCCAUUUUUUUUUUUUUUUUUUGUGCUCUUUUGACUGAGUUUGCCCACCACUGGAACACAUCAGGCGCCUUUGGGGUAGGCGACGGCACAGUUUUUUCCCCUUAAUGGGGGUGGGGGAUGGUUGGAAACAAUUACGUCACAGCACGGAAAGACGUGUUGUCACCACAUUACUGCUACAGUGAUUUCUUGAUGAAAACACAAAGCAUUAGUAAACGAUAACUCAGAAACACUGUGGUGAUGUUUUUUAGCCUUAAUAAUAAUAAUUAAUAAUGGGCCUAAUUGGAAUUCAUGGCCUCCACAUAUUUUCAGGUGACAGUUGGCUCCAUAAGAGACUGUCAGGAUAAUCAUUGCAGAAUUCAUGCAUAGAUGUAGGUUCAGUCUGCCCCCCCCCCUCCCAUCAUAGCUGCCAUGCGCAUCCUCAGCGUGGACGUAGUAGUUGGAUAGCCUUACGUUGACAAGGUGGGGAGGGGGGUUAUAUUUUUUAUAUUUCAUUUUGCCUACCAAGUAUGUUAUAUAUGGAUGUCCCAUUGUCCCAACAGCCCUGGCGUACGAAGUGGGCUCCAUAGACGGAUGUGCACAUUGCGGUAGUUUAAUGUUACCGGCGAGCUUUUUUGUUUUCGUUACCGUAGUUGAGCAUGCACAAUAUAUUACGAUAUGGCAUCGAUAGAAUGAAAGGCACGCGAAACCGAUGAUGAAGAAGGAACUUCAACUGAACAUCAGAUUCAGCAAAAAAAUAUAUAAGGGUCCAUCAGACGUAAACAGCACAGUCUGACUUUUCAUUAGCAAUCAAUCAGAGAUAAAAGGAGUGGUGUUGAUUUAAGAGAUUGUGUGCAUGGAGCCGGUCUAAGUAUUUCAAUUUAUAUACUCAACACCGCCAGAUUUUCGUAAUGACAGUUCGGGUGUGUGUGUGGGGGGGGGGGUGUCCUCGGCAGAAAGUAUGUGCGUUAUUAAAAAAAUCCUGCAACAUUCAUCCCGAAACUCUGGAAGUCCAAAAAUAACAUUUCUAUCUCGAAUGGUGUAAAAUACCAGCCAAUGUGUAGUAGGAAUUAGAGCCGUGAUGUUGUCAAGGGGUAUGUUCACAAAUCAACUGGCGAGCUAUACUCAAUAGUGGAAGAAUUUCAGUACGGUGUUAAGUCUACCGAAUGUUCAAAGCGCGCAUGACGUAUAUUCCGUUGGGCUACGCCAGUGGUUCUAAAAUAUUUGUUUGCCGGCGCCUAUGCAAUAUUAGGUCUUCACCAGGCGCCUUGUGUGACAUUCUAACAAGUGCACUUGGACAUAGCGAAUUCCAAAAUAAAAUAAAGGGUGGUAUAAAAAUAAAUAUAACACGUAUGUAGGUCACUGAGCGCCAUCUGUAGCUACAAACAGUAGAUACUCAACUGGGUAACUGGACCGAAAGAUGUCACAUUGGAUUAAAAGUAAAAAUAAAAUUAUGAAAUUUUUUAAAUAUUUCGCAACGCCCCUGUGAGGAAGCCGCAGCAGCCCAUUUAGAAAAUUUUCACCCCCCAUUAAAAGGACAAUUUAUUGCGCCCUUAAUCUUUGUGUAAAUGGUUUUUUUAUAGUUGAAUUGACUGUUUAAGUUCCUUUCUAUAGACGAUUUUCACACGGUUGCUCUUCGUUACAUUCUCAUGGCCCUGCCCAAGGGCAGUGAGCACCCAGGGCGAUGUAGUCCGAUGAAGCAUAUAUUAUGUGAACCACUGGGCUGGCCGAAUCACCAGUGGUGAAAACCCGUGUCACAUUUUGUUUACUGUAACAUAAUAUGUAAUGGACUUUGCUAAUUUUUUAUUAUUGUAAUUGAGGGAAAAGAGGGGGGGGGGGUCGUAAAAACUUCUGCGUGCAACGGAAGGGGGGGGGGAGGGUUUACAUAAUUAGACUUUAUUGCGUUACUGUAGUUUUAUUUAUUUACUAUUGAGUUAUUGUAUUGUACGAUUUUAGUCACAUUUUGUUUACUGUAACAUAAUAUGUAAUGGACUUUGCUAAUUUUUUAUUAUUGUAAUUGAGGGAAAAGAGGGGGGGGGGGUCGUAAGAACUUCUGCGUGCAACGGAAGGGGGGGUGGAGGGUUUACAUAAUUAGACUUUAUUGCGUUACUGUAGUUUUAUUUAUUUACUAUUGAGAUAUUGUAUUGUACGAUUUUCAGACCAGAUUGUACGAUUUUAGGGGUUUGAGGGUAAACAGGUCUGUUUACAAUGAAAUUUUUAAUUUCAUGUUUUACAGCAUGGAACAUGCCCUGUGUGUAGAAAAGACCUGAAUGGCCUAGAUACUUCCAGAAAUGAAGAUGCUGUUGACACAACUAUGUAUUCUCCAUCAACUGACGAGGGUAGUGGAGGUCAUCAUGGUGCUCCAUCUUCUUCCUCUUCUUCCACUUCCAAUGGACCUUCAACUUCUUCAUCUUUCUUGUAAGCAAACCAUCAAGUUAUCAGAAGUAUGGAGAUGCUAUUUAUACAAAAUUCAACUAUUCUUAAAUCAACAAUUCUUUUGUUUUCAUAGCUAUUCUUAAAAUAGGGAAAAGCAGUUUAUUUGAUUAUGUAAAUUUUUUAUGAGUUUUUCAUAGUAAUGUUUUAUGAACAAGAAUUGACUCCAUAGGCAUUUCCGUUUUUUCUUUAGGAAGAAUUUUUUUAAAAAUAGAGUAAUUGAAGGUUGUAAUUUAAAUUGUCAUUUAGUUUAUCAUGUAUAUUUGUUUGUUUAAUAAAAAAGCUUCCUGAAAAGUUCUGACCAUUCUAUAAUGGCAAGGAACACAUUUUUUUGGCUCAAAUAAGAGCUGUCUCUUUAUUAUGUAAUUUUUAAUCAAAGGUUAUGCCAUGCUCCAAAUCUUAGCCUUACAAUCGUUAUGUGAUUUUUUAAAAUAAAAGUCCCAAUGAGAUGAUUGAUUGUCAUUAAUUAACAUUCUAACACUCAUCUAAUCCUUUUACAAACAACACAAAAUGUAUAAAAAUACAUUUUCCAAUAUAGUAUAUUAUUGUUAGCUCAUAAUAAGUUGAGGUUAUUUGUCUAAAUUCUCAAUACUGUUAACAUUCAUGAGGAUUCUCAUAUACCCUGUGGCUUUAAAGAACCAUUUCCCUCUCUAAUAGAUAUUUUGCAUAUUCUCAAAAACCUGAAAUUCUUCAACUUAAAAAAAAAAUAUGUUAAUUUCUUCAGUCUCAACUAAUAAGAUAUUAAUUAACAUAUUUUUUAUGUAUUCUACCAAUAGAACCUGAUGUACACUAUUUAUAGAAUUCAUGAAUAUGAAUCAAGACUUCUUCUGUGACUAGUUUAUUUUGUUUUAAAUUGAUUUUUAUGCAUUGAAUAUAUUUUCUAGUGAUGUAUUAAAAGUAAACACAUUUUUCUUUCAAUCCUAGUUUGCUGAUAUAAUAUUUUCAUUUAAAUUGGCUUCAACCUUAUAUCUAAUAAUGUACAGUAAAUUUUAUUUGUUUCUAUAGAUACACAUAGGUAGUUCAGCAUUUUUAAAAUACAAAAAUCACAAAUUGGGCUCAAGCAAGGUUGAAACAGUCUUCUUUUUUUCCAAUUUUAAUAUUAAUAAUACAGUUUAAUAUAGCCUUAAGUAUGCAUACAUAAUGCAUCAACUGCCAAAUUAAUAACAUCAACAAUUUUAAAUAAUUAGAAUCAAUCUCAAAAAUCCAUUGAACAAAAUAAUUUUAAUUAAGUAAUUGUUUUAAAAAGUUGGGUCAGAAUAUUAAAAUAUGAACACAAAGUCAUCAAUUAUUAAUUUUUUUAUAGAAAUGAUUUCAAAUAAGAUAAACCUAAACUUUGUAUGUUCAUACUGAAAACAAGUGCAACAAUUGUUAAUUAAUUAAUUGCUCUUUCCAAUCGACUGUCAAUAAAUUAAACGAAAGCUUUUUCUUUACUAUUUCAUCUAGAAAUUUUACCAUUUCAGAGACAGAAAGCAGUGUAACAAAAUAUUUUAAUAUGACGCUAGUGAGGCAAAUAAUUGGCCCAUAUUUGGCCAAUGCCCAUGUAAAGCCGUGUUUUUUCAUAACCAGUAAUUAUAGUCAAAGACCUCCAUUGAAACAAAAAAAUCUGAAAAAAAUUUAAGAUGACUUCAUUUUUUUUUUUUUUUGCAAGACCCUAUCAAGGCCUACCUCUUUUUAAGGAAUCUGCUUCAUACCCAUGGAAAAGCUUUGGGAAGUAUACAGUACUGAGUAUCCCCGGUGCCAGUGAGAACUGAAAAUGAUACCAGGAUUACCCAUCUACACUUAAACUUACACACAAAAUGGCAACAGAUACCUAUCCUAGUUUUCAUAUUAACAGAAAAAAAAUUUAGAUGUAAAACUUCCCUGAAAUGCUACCAAAACAGUCUCUAUUAUAAGAUUUUAGCCUUGAAGUUGAAGUUAUUUCAUAUAUGUAAAAUUCAAGGUUAGUUUGCAAAAACAACUGUUUUUGUUAUUACCAACCACUGGGAAAUUUUAAUAACUCCUCAAAUAUUAUAUACCGGUAUAUAAAAUGUUGCAUUGAAAACUUGCAUGGAAGUGGGGAAAUAGGUUUAAUGAUGACUUCUAUGAAACAGUAAUGGAAAAUGUAACCAAAAUACAGAUGAAGAAACGGUAGAGACUCAUUUGGGGGGCCACCAAAAAUAAAUAAAUUUAUAAUGAUACUGCUCACUCCAAUAGUCGCUAUGGUGUCAAACCCUACUGAUGGUGUAACCUUGUACAGUCCUGACCCACUGCAUCAACCUUGUAUAAUGCCACUGAAACUUUGAAGUUGAAGAAAAAUACAUUUUAUCAAUUUGGCUUUUCAAAGAUAUUCUACUAAUACUGCUGGUCAUUUGAUGUAUAUAUGGACAGUUGAGUGUUUCAUGCUUUAGACAAAUGAAUAGAUUUAGGGUUCAUCCAUAUAAUUUGCACUAGUUCAAAGAGGGUUGAGGGAGUUGAUUAGAUGUGGAGAUGUUGAGUAUGGAUCGGAUCCUUUUUAGAAGGGGUGAAGCACCUUGUCAAAUAUUUUCACAUGCAAGAAUUAUGACUUUACUUGUUGAAAAACCAUAUCGGAAAUCUCCCACUGGUGUAAUUUUUCUUUGUUCCAACAGAUAUCAACAUUUAAAAGUUCUCUGAGGUGUUGUUUCCUAUAUUUAUUCAUAAACAAUUGAAAUUUUUUAUCUUCUUCUGGUAUUAUAGUUGUUUUUUUAAAAUACUAAUUAGACAUUUUCUAUAGAAAAAUAUGUUGUUCUCAGAUUCUUCAUAUUAAAAUGAAUUGUGGGGUAAGAAGUUAAUUUAUAUUCAUAGGAAGUGUAUUAAUAUUUACAGAGUGCAUUUUAUGGGGGUAUGGCUACAGGAUUUUUUGCUCAAGUAAUAUAUGGAUUAUAAUGGAUGGCUCUUUGAAACAGUUUUAAUGACAUGUCAUUGUGAAACAUUUUAUGACCUCUCAUAAUCUUAAAUAUAAUGCACAAUUACUAGAAAUAAAUCAGAACUGUAUAUAACUAAAUUUAUAUGUAUGAAUCAUUGCAGAAGUUAUCCAAUUUACAGGUUUGCAUUCAGCAAAUGAAAAAUUGUAUUUGCAAGCUCACAAAUUUAGUCUCAUUUAUAGUUAACAAAUUACUUGUUCAUGGCUAAUAGAUCUAAAAUAAAAGUCCUACAAUUGUUUUGCACUUUCUUUAGUUAAUUUAAAUAAGGGUCUGAAUUUACUGGUAACAAAAAUUAAGCAAGUAUUCUCAGCAAACCAAAGCUACUAAUAAAAUUUUAACAUUGUAAUUUUAAUGACAAUCGAAAUAAUUGUUGCUUAUUUAAGAAUUAAGAAAGCAAAUAAAAUGCUAUAAAUUACAAAAUUAUUUUUAGUAUCUAGUUACACAAGUAUUAAAACUUAUAACUGCAUUAAAAUGACUGAUUGGUGAAUGAUGCACCACCUCUGGAACUUGAAAAAAAAAACUCUUGUAUUUAUAUCCCAUAACCAACUUAUAGAGUAUAAUACAUGUAACCGUAACAAAAAUAUGGGAAAUUUUAUCACUAAUAUUUCAUGUUCCUUCCAAACCAAAAGAAAAUAAAAUUUAAUAUGUUAACAGUUACAGACUACUUAACAUUUAAAAGAAAAAUGACUUAUUUUUAUUUUAAAAUUAAAAGACAUUUAAUGGAGAAAUAAAAAUAGCCAUUUCCGGGCUGAUGCAGGCAAUUUCUUGGUGAGAAACACUAUUAUGAUAUGAUCCUGUAAAAAAUAAUUUUAUCAGAAAAGCUGAACAAUGUAAGUGUUUCUCAGUGUAAUUUGUCAUAAUUAUGAUUAUGUACUGGUAUAGAAAGAAUACAUUAAAUACUGCAACUAAUUUGUGUGAGAUAUCAUCAAAUUAAACUUCUAAAAUAUAAAUAUAAUCUACACAUUGAUUAAUAAGCUUAAGAUACCAUACUAAUUGCAAAUGACUUGAAAUUUUGAAUGUGUGUUAUGUUAAGCUAUCUGCUCAGUGGACUAUUAAAUUCCUCCAAUUGUGGUACUCAGAUCAAUUCAAGAAGAGGUAGUUGUUUUUAUUUGUAUAACUAUAUAAAUGUAUAUCCUAUUGUCAUAGUUACUGUUUCUUACAUUCUUGAAAGUAAAUUUAAAUGGAACAAACACACAGAGAUGAAUAGGUGUCCAAAAAAUUAAGAGUUAUAACUGUAAAGUCGAUUAAAAGUAUAUUCAUUGUUCUCAUGUAAUAAAAUAACAGCUGUGCAUGCCAAAAACUGUUGUCAUUUAUUUUUUGUGAUAAAUUAUAUGUAUUUGAAUUUGUAAUAUAAAGCCUGCCGUGUAAAUACCAUUAUAUUACUAAUAUUAGGUUUACCCAGCUAAAACUAAAAAAAGUCUAACUUGAGGAAGCCAAAUAUGAAAUCAUUUGACAUGUACUGCUUGAUCUUACAUCAGUUGGAAAAUAUGAUAAGUUUGUUAUAGUUAUAUUUUAUCAACUGUAUAAAAAAAUAAUUUAGGUGCUGACAAAAAAAGGAAAUUAAAUAUAUAAAAG